GUGGACGCCGAGGCACUGUUCGAUACGCUGGCUGACUCGCUAGUUGAGGUUGAGGCUGAGACACUUCGUGACACACUAGGCGAUGUGGACGCUGAGGCACUGGUAGACACACUGGCUGACUCGCUAGUUGAGGUGGAGGCCGAGACACUUCGCGACACACUAGGCGAUGUGGACGCCGAGGCACUGGUCGACACGCUGGCUGACUCGCUAGUUGAGGUUGAGGCUGAGACACUUCGCGACACACUAGGCGAAGUGGACGCCGAGAAACUGGUCGACACGCUGAUUGACUCGCUAGUUGAGCUGGAGGCCGAGAAACUUGGUGACACACUAGGCGAUGUGGAGGCCGAGGCACUGGUCGACACGCUGGCUGACUCGCUAGUUGAGGUGGAGGCCGAGACACUAGUCGACAUACUAGGCGAUGUGGAGGCCGAAGCACUGGUCGACACACUGGCUGACUCGCUAGUUGAGGUGGAGGCCGAGACACUUUGCGACACACUAGGCGAUGUGAAGGCCAAAGCACUGGUCGACACGCUGGCUGACUCGCUAGUUAAGGUGGAGGCCGAGACCCUAGGUGACACACUGAACGAUGUGGACGCUGAGGCACUGGUCGACACGCUUGCUGACUCGCUAGUUGAGGUGGAGGACGAGACACUAGGUGACACACUGGGCGAAGUGGACGCCGAGAAACUGGUCGACACGCUGAUUGACUCGCUAGUUGAGGUUGAGGCCGAAACACUUCGCGACACACUAGGCGAUGUGGAGGCCGAGACACUGGUCGACACGCUGGCUGACUCGCUAGUUGAGGAGGAGACCGAGACACUAGGCGACACACUGGGUGAUGUGGAUGCCGAGGCACUGGUCGACACGCUGGCUGACCCGCUAGUUGAUGUGGAGGCCGAGACACUAGGCGACACACUAGGCGAAGUCGAGGCCGAGACACUUGGUGACACACUGGGCGAUGUGGACGCCGAGGCACUGGUGGACACGCUGGCUGACUUGCUAGUUGAGGAGGAGGCCGAGACACUAGGCGACACACUGGGUGAUGUGGAUGCCGAGACACUGGUCGACACGCUGACUGACUCGCUAGUUGAGGAGGAGGCCGAGACACUAGGCGACACACUGGGUGAUGUGGAUGCCGAGGCACUGGUCGACACGCUGGCUGACCCGCUAGUUGAUGUGGAGGCCGAGACACUAGGCGAUGUCGAGGCCGAGACACUGGUCGACACGCUGGCUGACUCGCCAGUUGAGAUUGAAGCCGAGACACUAGGUGACACACUGGGCGAAGUGGACGCCGAGAAACUGGUCGACACGCUGAUUGACUCGCUAGUUGAGGUUGAGGCCGAGACACUUCGCGACACACUAGGCGAUGUGGAGGCCGAGACACUGGUCGACACGCUGGCUGACUCGCUAGUUGAGGAGGAGGCCGAGACACUAGGCGACAAACUGGGUGAUGUGGAUGCCGAGGCACUGGUCGACACGCUGGCUGACCCGCUAGUUGAUGUGGAGGCCGAGACACUAGGUGACACACUAGGCGAAGUGGACGCCGAGAAACUGGUCGACACGCUGAUUGACUCGCUAGUUGAGGUUGAGGCCGAGACACUUCGCGACACACUAGGCGAUGUGGAGGCCGAGACACUGGUCGACACGCUGGCUGACUCGCUAGUUGAGGAGGAGGCCGAGACACUAGGCGACACACUGGGUGAUGUGGAUGCUGAGGCACUGGUCGACACGCUGGCUGACCCGCUAGUUGAUGUGGAGGCCGAGACACUAGGCGACACACUAGGCGAAGUCGAGGCCGAGACACUUGGUGACACACUGGGCGAUGUGGACGCCGAGGCACUGGUGGACACGCUGGCUGACUCGCUAGUUGAGGUUGAGGCCGAGACACUUCGCGACACACUAGGCGAUGUAAAGGCCGAGACACUGGUCGACACCCUGACUGACUCGCUAGUUAAGGAGGAGGCCGAGACACUAGGCGACACACUGGGUGAUGUGGAUGCCGAGGCACUGGUCGACACGCUGGCUGACCCGCUAGUUGAUGUGGAGGCCGAGACACUGGUCGACACGCUAACUGACUCGCCAGUUGAGAUUGAAGCCGAGACACUUCGCGACACACUAGGCGAUGUGGAGGCCGAGACACUGGUCGACACGCUGACUGACUCGCUAGUUGAGGAGGAGGCCGAGACACUAGGCGACACACUGGGCGAUGUGGAUGCCGAGACACUGGUCGACACGCUGGCUGACUCGCUAGUUGAGGAGGAGGCCGAGACACUAGGCGACACACUGGGUGAUGUGGAUGCCGAGGCACUGGUCGACACGCUGGCUGACUCGCUAGUUGAGGUGGAGGCCGAGACACUUGGCGACACACUAGGCGAUGUGGAGGCCGAGACACUGGUCGACACGCUGGCUGACUCGCUAGUUGAGGAGGAGGCCGAGACACUAGGCGACACACUGGGUGAUGUGGAUGCCGAGGCACUGGUCGACACGCUGGCUGAAUCGCUAGUUGAGGUGGAGGCCGAGACACUUGGUGACACACUGGGAGAUGUGGACGCCGAGGCACUGGUCGACACGCUGGCUGACUCGCUAGUUGAGGUGGAGGCGGAGACACUUGGUGACACACUGGGAGAUGUGGACGCCGAGGCACUGGUCGACACGCUGGCUGACUCGGUAGUUGAGGUUGACGCCGAGACACUUUGCGACACAGUGGGUGAACUACUUUGCGAUGUUGAGGAACCUUUAAUUGAAUUUAUGAAAUUGAACUUUAAAGUCAAUAAAAUGUGUUAUUUUAGUGUCGAUAAUUCUAAGAAUCUUUUUAUUUAG